AUGAGUGUGUCGUUUUGGAAUAGGAAAGAGAGGAGCAGGCGCGGGUUAUAGAAACUAGUGCGUUGUUGGAAUCGAAAGAAGAGGAGAAGAAGUUCUGUUUGGAUAAAUACUGGGUCAUCUUUUCUGUCGAUUUCGAAAGGUUUCGAAUUGAAGCGGUAUUGUUUGUGCUCGAGUUUGGGAUUUGAGUGAUCGAUUCGAAAAGGUUCAAGGAUUAUGGUUUAUGCUGCUGCUGCUGCUUUGUUUGAAUUGGGUUGUUUCAGAUAUAGAUAGAGAGCAGCAGGAGAAGAAGAGAGAGGACGACAUGGAUCCGGAGCAGACAUUCAUACGCGUACAAGAGCGCUUCUCUCAGAUCCUGACGCCAAAAGUGAGAGCUGCUUUGGAGUAUAUCUACCUUUUCAUCGCGAUCACUCUCUUCUGUAUUCUCGUUGUUAUGCAUGCCAAUUACGUUCAGCAGCCUGGCUGUUCAAGUGAGCUUCCUGGAGUUGAAACAGCAGACGCAGAAAUUAUUCAUGUUAAGAUUUCCAGUGCAGGCUUGUGGUCGCAGAAUGAGUCAGAAUUCACCAAUGGGAUAAAUGAUGUCCCCGAGACGAAAUUUGUGGUGGAUGAAUUAGAAUUUGCCAAUGUAAAUGGGGAUGAGAUUCUGGAUCAUCAGGCAGAUAGCUGUAUGCCAAAUGUUGAUGAUGCGGUUAUGAAAACUGAAAUAGAGGAGUCACGUAGUAGUUUUCCUUUAUCUGCAAAAGAGACAUUCAAAGCAGCACUCUUUCAUUUUAGCAACAAGUGGCACAGGCGUCUAUCAUUCCUUUGGAAGCAUGGAACACAUAUUGUUGGAAGUUUGUGGAACAUUGCAGGCAUACAUUUGGAUCUUGAUAUUCCAAAGUGGCUGCAUAUACUUCGAUUGGACAGGCUUAACUCGUAUGCAGUGCAGUGGCUUGAGAACAGAAGCAAAACUUUUGAACCAACUUACUUAUACACUGUGGAAAAGGGUUAUUUCUUACUGCCUGAAAGUGCAAGAGCUCAGCAUAAUAUUCGUACUGUAAACAUAAGCAUAUCAGCUCGACAUUCCUGUUUCGGAAACAGGUGGCAGCAGCUACUGAUUAACAGAUUUGUUGGGUACGAUACUAUUUUGAUAAACAGUUUACUGAGUUCUCCUGGUCAAGGUUAUCUUUAUAAUUUUCAAACCAAGGAGUUCUUUAAUCUUAGUUAUGCACAUGAACCGCCAGAGGGUCCGGCAAGAUUUGGAGACUACCUCGUGACAAAGUGUGGCGUUCUUAUGAUGUCUCUAUUUGUGUUCUUUACAACCACUAUGUCUGUGUCAUUUACUUUGAGAGAGACGCAGACUAGGAUGCUGAAGUUUACAGUGCAGCUUCAACACCAUGCUCGUCAUCAGCUUCCAACAUUUCAGUUGAUUUUUGUGCAUGUAAUUGAAUCACUUGUCUUUGUCCCGAUUAUGAUUGGCAUAUUGUUUUUUCUGUUCGAGUUUUACGAUGAUCAACUAUUGGCUUUCAUGGUCCUAAUUCUUGUCUGGUUGAGUGAACUAUUUACCCUGAUCAGUGUUCGCACGCCCAUAUCAAUGAAGUUCUUUCCCCGCUUCUUUCUGCUCUACUUCCUGGUUUUUCACAUCUAUUUCUUUUCCUAUGCUUAUGGUUUUUCCUAUUUGGCUCUUUCUACGGCUGCAGCAUUUAUGCAGCAUCUCAUUCUAUACUUCUGGAACCGUUUUGAGGUACCAACUCUACAAAGGUUUAUUCAAAAUCGAAGAUCACAACUCCAACAACACCCAGAUUUCCACAUUACUUCCUCCACAUUCCUUGCCUCAACUUUGCAUAUCACAAGAUUAAACACAAGAAAUCCUGGUCCAGUCAAUUCUGACACAGUCUCUGGGCCUGGGCUGAGAUCUGGAUCCAAUCCAGCAGUGCCUUCAAAUGGAGCUGAAGCUCCUGGCUUUCAUGAACGAUCAGGCAAUGAGAACCCAGUGCAAAACCCUCUUCAGGUUCCAGGCCAAACUGACCUGAAUCAAGCAGAGAAUGGCCCAAACCCCAGCACUAUGAAUUCUUUCAGUUCACUUUUGUUGUGGAUAUUAGGAGGAGCUUCCUCUGAAGGCCUCAACUCAUUUCUUUCUAUGUUCAGAGAUGUCCGAGACCAAGGACAAGCUUAUGCUGAAUCUCCCAGGCAAGAAAAUCAGGAUGGAAGAUAGUACUUGGACAUUGCUUGGGAGAUCUACGUCCCUUGCUUUAGUUGUAGACCUAAAUGUAUGUAUUUUAACUAGUAUAGCAGAGUAUGGUAGAUUAAAGAAAAGUGUAUGCGGGAUUUACAUAUAUGUAUAGAAGUAGUGAUAUGUAAAGGAUAUGUGACAUCCUGUUGAUUUAUCUCAAGUCGUGUUUUUACUUGAAUUGUUACAGAUCCCUCGACUGGGAUGGCACAUGUAAUUGCUUUGGCAGAACUAGUGAAUUGUAAACAUUGACAAAUAGGAAUGGUACCUUUCCUUUGUAUGUUCAGUACUGCAUGCAAAGGCGCUGAGCUAA